AUGGUAUCUGACGGCUUUCCCGACGAGAUUUCGUGCUCCACCACGACAAUCACGUCCCUGGGUGCAUUCGAUGUGAAUGCCAACGAUGGUGAAAUCCGGAUGAUGGUCGUGGAGGAGAUAGUAGUUACCAAUUCUACAGGCGACAGAGUGGCUGCUUCCGAAAACUCCUAUCUUGCAGUGGUUUUCCCACCUAUCCAGCAGGGCUCAAACCACAGCUACGACAGUGACGCAGCAGACAGCGGCUACGAACCAUGGAGUGAAGAAGACAGUAGUGACGAAGGCGAUUCCACGUGCGGCAGCGAUGCCAGCGAAACUGGAACCAUUAAGCCAGAAGAUCUCAUUUGCGAAGAAAAUAGUAGAACAUACCAUACUUACGGAUUAACAGGAUCUGAGCAAUAUAAUAGCCAUCACGUUUGGAUACUGGCACUCGACGGCGAAUUACUUACUGCCCCUGUCUUGAAUCCCCAACGCAUCCUCGAUCUGGGUACUGGUACGGGGAUUUGGGCCAUAGAUAUUGCCGAUAAAUAUCUAUUAUCGCAUGUUACAGGAAUUGAUAUCUCCAAGAUGCAACCAAUUUCUGUGCCUCCGAAUAUGAAAUUUCUAAUUAAUGACUUCAAUGCGCGGAGUUACGAAGAAUACUAA